AAAUCUCUCUCACUUUCUCUCCCAAAAACACUCUCAUUACUUUCUCCCAAUUCCCCUUUCCUCUCUAUAUUUCAAUGUUGUUGAAACACUCUCAUGCAUUUGCCUUCAUCUUCAAGUCACUACCAUUGUGUGAAAACUCAUAAAACAUAUCAAAACAUGGAUGUUGUUUGUUUUGGUUUUAGUUUUAGAAGGUUGUUUCUUGGAGCUUUGUUAUCUUUAGGAAUCAUGUGUGUUAUGUUUCUUACAAUCUCAACAAUGAAUGUUCAAACAAAAAGAACAAUCCUUGUUCCAAUGAAUGUUAAUGUCAUCUCCAAGCAUUUAAAGUUGGUUGGUAUGAAGAGACAUGUUCUUCAUUCAAAUUCUAAACUUGUCUUUGUUAGCAAGAGAAGAGUACCAAAUGGACCUGAUCCAAUACAUAACAGGAGAGCAGCAAAAUAUAGACAACCACCUAAUCAAGCAUGAACAUUGUGAAGUUCCACAACUAGUUUGAGGAAAAAUCAUAGAAGAAAUCAUGAUUUUUUGAGUUGAAGAAUUCAAAGUGUGUUUUAUAAGAUAUUAUUGAUGUAACAUAGUAUUGCAAGUGUGAUCUUAAUGUUGUCUCUCUUUUUUUUUUCUUUUUUUUCUUCUCUCU